UAUGUAAACAUCGUCCUGCGGAAUCAAAUGGACGAAGAGACAAAAGGAAAAAGAGAGAAAGAAAAGGAAAAAAAACAGAGAGAACAAAAACAGAUUGACUUUGAGGGGGCAAUGAAAGUGAGUCAAUUCGGUUUUGAAUUCCAACCGCUCCACCCAUCUUGAUUCCUUCACCAAAUCCCACACACAGUUUCGAAAAACCCUUUUUUUAAAAGCCGUCGUCUCUUACCAUACAAUACAAUAACCAUCCCCACGUAUAUAUGUUCAUCAUUCUCCGGUUGCUUAAUCUCUGUCUUCUGAUCCUAUCUCUCUCUCUCACACACCCUUUGCUUCAAUUCCAAUUCUUCAACUGUAAUCAUUCACUCAUCACUCUUUAUCAAAAUCCUCUAUAUUUAUUCUCACCCAUCCUCUGCUUUCUCUGCUUUUCUCUGUUCAUUCUCCAUCAUCCAAUUCAAUUCCGCUCAAUUCAACUCCGCAGAGGCGUUGAAUCGAACACCCAUCUCCCUCCCCAUCUGGGUUUCUCGAAAGCCACAUUCUUGCGAGGAAUCGAGUCAUGGGGGUUCAGAAAGACAGUGUGAAAUUCAACGUAGGUGGCAGGGUGAUGGAAACAAGCGCAACAACGCUGGCCAAUGCAGGGCGCAAUUCGAUGUUCGGGGCAAUGUUCGAUGACAAUUGGAACCUGCUCCUAUCAUCAAACAAGGAGGGCCAGAGAUUCCUGGAUCGCAACCCGGAUUGCUUCGGGGUUCUCCUCGAUCUGCUCCGAACCGGGGAACUCCAUAUCCCACCCAACAUCCCGGAGAAGCUCCUCUACCGGGAGGCCCUCUACUACGGCCUCCUGGACCACGUGCGCGCCGCCAAGUGGGGCCCAUUCGACGGCAACAGGUUAAGGUUGUCGCGGUCUCUCCAGGGCCAGGCCCCGGGUGACGGAACAGCCAUUCGCGCAGGCCCUGACGGAGGCUGCUGCGUUGCGCAUGGCAGCAUGGUUCAUGUGUAUGAUUGGAUGUUGGAAGAACACCCUCCUCUGAGCCUCGAUUUCCAGAGGGUCAACGAUGUCGGGUGGGUUGACUCGGACAACGUUGUGGUCGGAGUGAGCGAGCGCCUUGGGAGGGGCGAUGGCGGGAUGGGGCUGUUCAGUUCACAGAGUGGGGAGCUUAGGUACAAGUUUCAGGUUUCUCAUGAGAAUCAGGUGAAGAGUUACACUGCUGGGGCUUUGAGUUUCAGUUCGGAUUACAAGAUAUUUUGUAGCUGUAAAGGGAGGAGUAAUGAGUAUGGGGUAGGGGUUUGGGACCAGGUUACAGGGAAGCAAAUUGAUUUUUUCUACGAACCUUUAGGGUGGUCUCUUGGGGAUGCUGACAAGCUUCAGUGGUUGGAGGGGAGUAACUGUUUGUUGGUGGCAACGAUGUUUCCUAGGAAGGACAACUGUUACAUUAGUGUUUUGGAUUUCAGGGAGAAGAAGAUGGUGUGGUGUUGGUCUGAUAUGGGGGCUCCUUUUACCGCGGAUGAGAAACGGGUGAGGGAUGCUAUUGCCAUGGAGGACAAUAGUUCCAUUUGUGUGGUGAAUGAGUUUGAGGAUUUGGGGUUCAUGGAUUUGAGAAGUUCUUCUGCCACGAGCGUUAGGUGGAGCUCCAGAAGUAGGUUGAUGAAGGGGAAAAUGCCGGAGGAACCGUGUUAUCCGAAACUGGCACUGCAUGGGGGACAGCUUUUUUCCUCCAUGAAUGAUUGCAUUUCGGUGUUCUGUGGCCCUGAAUGGGUUUUGACCUCUAGGCUCAGACGAAGCUAUGGAGGUUCCAUUUGUGACUUUUCCAUUGGAGGGGACAGGCUUUUCGCGCUUCAUAGUGAGGACAAUGUGUUUGAUAUUUGGGAGACUCCACCACCACCGAUUCUAUGAUUUAGUUUUAGUUUUGGUUUGCUAUAAAGAAAAAAAAAAAAACCAGACAACUUCUGGUUUUGUUUUCUAGAUACUGUUCAGUUUUAAACCUAUACGAGAUUGAAGGGUAGUUUAUAACUUGUGAUACAUGUAGGUUUAGGUGUCAUGGUAUAUGUGAAUAGAAUAUCUACAGAGAAAGAUGAUAUAUCAAACACUUGUUUUCUGUUUCUUUUU